AUGCUCAUCCAGUGUGUGCGAAUGACACUUGGGCCGUACUUAUUGCACACGGCCAGCGCAACACUCCACGUUCAGCAUCGCAGUUUGACUGACCAACAAGAAGCACUAAAAAUGAAUUCCAUCAUCUACGGUUUAUUGUUCAUCGGAACGAUUGUCAUCGCGACGGAGGCAGCCGAUACUUACCCAACCAAAUACGACGAUAUCAACAUCGACUCCAUCUUGAACAACCGCCGCUUGCUCGAUAACUACAUCAAGUGCUUCCUUGGCAAAGCAAAGUGCAACGAAGAGGGACGACUCUUGAAGGAGAUCAUCCCCGAUGCGCUUGUGACCGAUUGCGCCAAAUGCAAUGCUAAACAACGCGCCAAUGUCGAGAAAGUCAUCAAAUUCAUCGUAAAGAAUCGUCGCCCACAGUUCGAUGAAUUGGCAGCCAGCUAUGAUCCCAAAGGAGAAUACAGGAGCAAAUACCAGAAAUAUUUGCAAUAA